AUGUUUAAGCUGUUUAAAUCAGCAGACGAAUUAUCAGAAGAUGACGAGUCAGUCACCCCUGUGUAUAUUCCAAAGGCAAAGCGUGCCAAAUUAGAAGCAUUAAAAGCUAAGAAAUCACAAAUUGCUUCUCAAACAUCAACUCACAAACAACAAAGUACCACCAAAAACACUACUUCUACUACCACUACAAACAACACCAACAAUUCAAAACCAUCAAACCAAACAAAGAAAUCAACGGGGAAAAAAUUUCAAUUUGAUUGGGAUGUGGAAGAGGAAGAUACUGCAUCCGGGUUUGUCCCCUUAAUAGAUAUGGAUGAAGAACUUGAUGACCCAUUAUUUAGUGGCCAAGAACUGACCCAUUGGACCAAUAAAAAACUAGAAGAAAUGACAGAUAGAGAUUGGAGAAUAUUUAAAGAGGAUUACAAUAUCACCACCAAAGGUAAAAACAUACCUAAUCCUUUAAGGUAUUGGCAUGAAGGUUUGAAUAAUGACAAAUUGGUUUCAAUAAUUUCUCAAUUAGGUUAUGAUGAACCGACUUCAGUUCAAAGAGCAAGUAUCCCAUUAGCAUUAAUGAAACGAGACGUUGUGGGAGUAGCUGAAACUGGAAGUGGGAAAACUUUAGCAUUUUUAAUUCCAGUAUUGAAUUAUAUCUUAUCGAUUGAUGAAAAUUAUCUCAAAUAUGAAAAAAUAUCAAAUGAACCAGUAGGGUUGAUUUUGGCACCAACAAGAGAAUUGGCAUUACAAAUAACAAAGGAAGCAGAAAAAUUUUGUAAAAAACUCGGAUAUCAAGUGCUACCGAUUAUUGGAGGACAUCAAUAUCAAGAUACCAUAAAUCAAAUUGACCAAACUGGGGUCCAUUUGAUAGUGGCGACACCAGGUAGAUUAGUGGAUUCGAUUGAAAGGAAAAUUAUUGAUCUUAGCAAGUGUUAUUGUUUGGUUAUGGAUGAAGCAGAUAGAAUGAUAGAUAUGGGAUUUGAAAAGGAUUUAAAUAAGAUUUUAGACAAAUUGCCCACUGAAAAGCAAUUAUCACUGACAAUAGACGGAAGAAUAUUUCAUUUGGAGAAAAGAUCAACAAUGAUGUUUACUGCAACUAUUUCACCAACAGUUGAAAAAAUAACUAAAAAAUAUUUGAUAGAUCCGGGUUAUCUUUAUAUUGGUGGAGCAGGAGAAGCUUUAGAUAAUAUUAAUCAACUGUUUGAAUUUUUGUCCAGCGCAACCGCUGAAGCAACUAAACUCAAUAAACUAAUAAAGAUCAUUCGAAGUCACUGGAGAGUUACUGAAAACCCUUUGAUUAUUAUUUUUGCAAAUUUCAAGCACGUUUGUGACUCAUUAUCAACAGAAUUAUCUAGUAAUGAUAUAAAUAACGUUGUCAUUCACGGUUCUAAAUCUCAAGAUGUAAGGGAACAAGCAAUCACGAAAUUUCGAAAUCACGAAAGUGAAGUUUUAAUAGCAACCGAUGUUGCUGCAAGAGGUAUAGAUAUUCCAAAUGUUACUUUGGUGAUUAACUAUCAAAUGGUGAAGAAAUUUGAUGAAUAUAUACACAGAAUAGGUAGAACUGGUAGAGCUGGCAACUUGGGUGAAAGUUUUACAUUUAUUUCAGAUCAAGAUAUGGAAAUUUUUACUCCCUUAAAAAAAUUCUUGAAAAAAGGUGGCAAGAGAUUACCGGAUUGGUUAUACAAGCAUCAAUCACAAACAGUCCAAGAAUGA